GAAAUGUAUGAGGUUGCCAAGAAACUUUGCUCCUUUUGUGAAGGUCUUGUACAUGAUGAACAUCUUCAGCAUCAAGGCUGGGCUGCCAUAAUGGCCAACUUGGAAGAUUGUACAUAUUCUUACCAAAAGCUGCUUUUCAAGUUUGAAAAUGUAUAUUCAAGCUAUUUGCAGUCCGUAGAUGAUAUCAAGUUGAAACUUACACACUUGGGUUCUGCUGUUUCUAUCAUGGCCAAGAUACCACUGCUGGAGUGCCUAACGAGACAUAGUUACAGAGAGUGUUUAGGAAGACUGGAUUCUUCAGCUGAGCAUGGAGGGGCAGAAAGUGAAGAAACUGAGGAUGGGAAAUCUGCUGAAUUGGUGCUUUAUUCUGAUAUAUCUAAAGUGAACAAUAAAUCAAUGUUAGCCUCAUUUUGCAAGUCAGUUGAACAUUCAGCUUUGGAAGGCACAGAUCCUGAAAAUGUAAAAGAUGCUAAGGAAUCUGGUCAAAAUGCUGCUGUCCAGGACAGUGAAACAUCAGUGGAAUUGAAAGAUGAUGAUCAGCCUUCUUUCAAUGUGUCUUUGCUAGACUGGAUAAAUGUUCAAGAUAGACCUAAUGAUGUUGAAUCGCUGGUCAGAAAAUGUUUUGAUUCUAUGAGCAGGCUUGAUCCAAGGAUCAUCCAACCCUUUCUGUCAGAAUGUCGCCAAACUAUCGCCAAACUAGAUAAUCAGAACAUGAAGGCUAUUAAAGGCCUUGAGGAUAGGCUCUAUGCAUUGGACCAGAUGAUAGCAAGCUGCAGCAGACUGGUGAAUGAACAAAAAGAACUUGCUCAGGGAUUUUUGGCUAAUCAGAAGAGAGCUGAGAACUUGAAAGAUCCUUCUGUGCUGCCUGAUUUGUGUUUGAGUCAUGCAAAUCAGCUGAUGAUUAUGUUAACUAAUCACAGAAAACUGUUAGACAUUAAACAGAAAUGUACCACUGCCAAACAGGAGCUUGCAAAUAAUCUACAAGUCAGACUGAAGUGGUGUUGUUUUGUAAUGCUUCAUGCUGACCAAGAUGGAGAGAAACUACAGGCAUUACUUCGUCUUGUAACAGAGCUCCUAGAAAGGGUCAAGGUUGUAGAGGCUCUCAGUACUGUUCCUCAAAUGUACUGUCUAGCAGUUGUUGAGGUGGUGAGGAGAAAAAUGUUCAUAAAACACUACAGGGAGUGGGCAGGUGCUUUAAUAAAAGAUGGGAAACACCUAUAUGAAGCUGAGAAGGCAAAAAGGGAAUCUUUUGGUAAACUGUUCAGGAAGUCUUUCCUAAGGAAUCGUUUGUUUAGAGGACUUGACUCCUGGCCUCCAUCCUUUUGUACACGAAAACCUCGCAGAUUUGACAGUGAGCUUCCAGAUAUCUCAUUAAGUGACUUGCAGUUUUUGCAGUCUUUUUGUCCUUCAGAAGUACAGCCGUUACUCAGGGUUCCCAUACUUUGUGACUUUGAACCUCUUCACCAGCAUGUACGUGCUCUACAUAACCUGGUAAAGGCAGCACAGAGUUUGGAUGAAAUGUCACAAACCAUUACAGACCUGCUGAAUGAACAAAAGGCCUCCAAUAGUCAGGCAUCGCCACAAUCUGCUACCACAUCAAGGAUGGAAAGUACAACAGGAACCGCAAUUGCUACCUCUUCAAGAACUCCUCCAUCACUCAGUCUUCAGGGUCCCCUGUGUCCUCCUGUGUGUCCUCCAGCUCCAUUAGAAGAAUUGUCUCCAGACAGCAUUGAUGCUCAUACAUUUGAUUUUGAAACUAUUGGCCAUCCGAACUUGGAGCAAGCUCUUAAGCAAGGAUCGUUAGACUUGGAUUCAUUAGCAGAAAGUCCAGAAUCUGACUUUAUGUCAGCAGUAAAUGAAUUUGUAAUUGAAGAAAAUCCAGUAUCUCCUAAUGUAAUAAGUGAUCCACAAAGUCCAGAAAUGAUGGUGGAAUCUCUUUAUUCUUCAGUUAUCAAUGCAAUAGACAGUAGACGUAUGCAAGAUACAAAUUCUUGUGUAAAGGACGUCUCAGUAGAAAAUGCAUCUCUCAAUGUUUGCAUGGAGAAAUGUAGGGUUAUUGCGCAAGACUCAAAGGUACAUUUAAGAGGUAUAAAAGAAGAUCUCUGCCACUUUAGAACACUUGUACAAAGAGAACAGUGUGACUUUUCUAAUUCUUUAAAAUGCACUUCAUUAGAAAUAGUAAAUACUAUUGAGAAGGUAAAACUUUCACUUGAAAAAACACUAAAAGAUAAACAUCAAAAAGAAUUACAGUCUUUGAAAAGUGAAUAUGAAACUAAAAUUAAUAAAUUAUUGGAGGAUGGUGAAGAAAAUAAAAAGAAGAUUAAAAAGUUAAAAGGUGACUUAUUAGGCCUUGAGGAAGUUCUUCAGAAUAAGAAUGAUGAAUUUGCAAUGGUGAAAAAUGAGAAAGAAGCUGUAGUUUGCCUUCAGAAUGAAAAAGACCAGAAAUUACUUGAAUUGGAAUGCCAAAUGGAGACACAAAAUUGUGAAAUUAAGGAACUGAGGCAGUCACGUGAGAUAGUACUUGAAGAUCUGAAAAAACUUCAUGUUGAAAACAAUGAAAAACUACAACUCCUGAGGGCAGAACUUGAGAGUUUAGAGCAAAGCCAUUUAAAAGAACUGGAAAACAACCUACAAGCCAGGCAUUUACAGGAAUUUGAGAAGGUGCUAGCUGAGCACAAGGACUGUUUAGAUAAAUUAAAAAAAGAGAACCAGCAUAGACUUGAACAAAUGCAGGAAUCUCAUGCAGUAGUUGUUCAAGAGAAACAACAACAAGUAGAAGAGUUACAACUCAAGGUUUCAGAUCUGUCUGAUUUGAGGUGCAAAUUAGAAGUUGAGCUUGCCCUGAAAGAGGCAGAAACUGAUGAAAUAAAGCUUCUUUUGGAAGAAAGCAGAAACCAGCAACAAGAGACCUUAAAAUCGCAGAUUGAUAAGGAAACUGAAAGCUUAAAAAAGGAGAUAGAUAAAUUAAACAAUAAAAUACAACUUAACAAUGAUGAAUAUCAAGUGGGCUUAUCAGAACUAAGGACUCUGAUGACCAUUGAGAAAGAUCAGUGCAUUUCUGAGCUAGUAGACAGGUAUGAAGAAGAAUCAAAUUUGCUUAGAACUGAACUAAAUAAAGUAACACUUCUUCAUCAAAAAACUUCUGAGGCAGAAAAAAGACUUUCAGAGCAAAUAACGGAACUACAAAGUAAGUUAGAGUUGGAAGUGAAUGCCCUAGAAAAGGAAAAAACAGAAAAAUUGUCUCUCUGUGGGCAGCAGGAAAAGUAUGAAGCUAUUAUCCAUAAGCUUAAGGAAGAGAAAGAACUGUUAGUAUCUAACCAAGAACAAGACAGGCAGUUGCUCAUUCAGAAGCUCAAUUGUGAAAAAGAGGAUGCAGUACAAACUGCUUGUAAAGAGUUUGAAUUACAGAGGGAAGCUGCUGAAAAAGGGCUUUUGGAAAAAAUACAACAACUUGAGAUGCAAGUAAAUCGGAGUCCUCCCACUGAAUCAUCUGCUGAAUCAAGCUUGGUUGCUGAACUUCAAGAGAAGCUUCAGGAAGAAAAAAUGAAGUUCUUGGAGCAACUUGAAGAACAAGAGAAAAGAAAGAAUGAAGAACUGCAGAACAUCAGAACAUCGCUCACUGCAGAGCAGCAGACCAACUUUAACACUGUUCUGGCAAGAGAGAGAAUGAAAAAAGAAAGCAUAAUUAAUGACCUUAGUGACAAAUUAAAAAUGCUUACGCAACAGCAAGAAAAAGAUAAGGAUUUGAUUGAAACACUUUCUGAAGAUCGAGCUCGCUUACUUGAAGAGAAGAAGAAGCUUGAAGAAGAAGUUAAUAAACUAAGAAGUAGUAAUUUUUCUCCAUCAACCUACUCGGCAGCAGCUUCAGAAGCUUGUGGAGCCUGCGCAGCUGAUAUUCCCACGGACACAGACAGAUUGGUUUCUGACAUUGCAGCUGAAGGGAGGAUGGAUUCCACGAUGGAAACCAGUAUGAUGGCUGUGCAUGAAAAUGUCCAUAUGUCUGAAGAAAAACAGAGGAUAAUGUUGUUAGAAAGAACUUUGCAGUUGAAAGAAGAGGAAAAUAAGAGAUUAAAUCAAAGAUUGAUGUCCCAGAGCAUGUCAUCAGUAUCCUCAAGACAUUCUGAAAAAAUAGCAAUUAGAGAUUUUCAGGUUGGCGAUUUGGUUCUCAUUAUCUUGGACGAAAGGCAUGACAACUAUGUAUUGUUUACUGUUAGUCCAACCUUGUAUUUCUUGCACUCAGAAUCUCUUGCUGCACUGGAUCUCAAACCAGCUUCAGGUGCAUCUAGGAGACCUUGGGUGCUAGGAAAAGUGAUGGAAAAGGAAUAUUGCCAGGCAAAAAAGGCACAAAACAGAUUUAAAGUUCCUUUGGGUACAAAAUUCUACAGAGUGAAAGCAGUACCAUGGAACAAGAAAGUAUAACACAACCGAAUUUUAGUUCAUUCUGUCUCCAUUCUUUUUUGACUUGUCCUUCAGUGCUCGUUCAUUGCUCCAGAUACCAGGCCAUCUUUUUAUACUGAGGUCAUGUGACAAGAUACGUCAUUGAUGUACUGCUUUUACUUUUUAACAGGUCACAUUUUAGAAACAAGAAUUUCAUCAGAAACUCUGGCCCUAACUGUUCCAAUUUUUUUACCCAGAUAACUUUAGGAGUGUGGACCAAAUGAGUUCAUUUUCUCAAGGGGCAACGACAUAAAACAUGGUUUGUUAGCCAUGUUAAUUGCCUGUUAAAUAUACAUUAGCUUGUAUUAGAUGUUAAAUGUUAGUUACCAUUAUUACCAGCAUACGUCCUUUUGUGAAAUCAUUAUCAAAGUACUUGCACUCUUUAACAGAUUCUUUAUAUGUGUAAAAUUCAUCAACUAUUUAAAGAGGAGUGUUCAUUGCAUGCAGAUAAUCAUAUAAUUUUUCUUCGACAUGAGUUUGCCUCAGUAGAUGAAUAAAAAUAACUACUGCAACUUGUUUCAUUACAUGAAAAUGCUCUUUAAUGUUAAAAAAA